GAAACAUUGUUUCCCACAAUACUUAUAACAUUUCAUACCCUCACUAGCAAAGCACAAAUGGUCCGAUUUCUCUGCAUCCCCACUGACACUUGUAAUUUUCUAUGUUUUGUUUUCAAUAAUAGCCAUUUAUUGAGAAGUCCAGAGAUUUUAAAGCCUAAAUUAGACCACAAAGAGAACUUUCUCUUUGGGGCAAGAAGAGCUCAGCAUUCAAAUGUUUACGGGAUGCUUCAUCUGUCCUCAUCACAGGCUUCCCAGAAGUCUAAAGCUCUUCAGGUCAGCCCAGAAGCUUGUCCCUGACCUUUGCUUCUGACCUCCUGGCUUCUCCCCUGCAGGUGCCUGGCUGUAGCAAGCCAUGCUCUGAGCCAUGCCCAGGCCGGGACAGCCUCGCCCAUCGUCUGGGCCUCCACGGUUGGGUCCCUGGGAGAGGCCAACAGAGUUAUGCCUGGAAACCAAUGAUGAGCGCUCCCAGCCUCCACCAGGUCGCCGUACCCGCAGGCCAGACCCCAAGGACCCUGGCCACCACGGGCCAGAAAGUAUCACCUUCAUUUCAGGCUCUGCAGAACCUGCAACCGAGCCCCCAACCUGCUGCCUCCUCUGGCGCCCUUGGGGGUGGGACUGGUGCAGGGCUGCUUUCUGCUUUCGCCGCUGCAGGGAUUGCCUGCAGCGCUGUGGGGCUUGUGUACGGGGCUGUAGCCCCUGCUUCUCUGCUGGGGACCCCACUGAGAGAGCUGAUGAAGCCACCUGGGUCAAGGAGCACAAUGGCGUGCCACCCAGCCCGGACCGUGCACCCCCCAGCCGCCGAGAUGGCCAACGGCUCAAGUCCAGCAUGGGCAGCAGCUUCAGCUACCCUGACGUUAAGCUCAAGGGCAUUCCAGUCUACCCCUACCGCCAUGCCACCUCUCCAGUCCCUGAUGCGGACUCCUGCUGCAAGGAGCCCCUGCCCGAGCCUCCCCCAACACGGCACAGUCUGCCCAGCACCCUCCCCAGCAGUCCCCGCGACUCCGAGGAGUAUUACUCCUUCCACGAGUCGGACCUGGACCUGCCCGAGAUGGGCAGUGGCUCCAUGUCGAGCCGGGAGAUCGACGUGCUUAUUUUCAAGAAGCUGACAGAGCUGUUCAGUGUACACCAGAUCGAUGAGCUGGCCAAGUGCACAUCGGACACAGUGUUCCUGGAGAAGACCAGCAAGAUCUCAGACCUGAUCAGCAGCAUCACACAGGAUUACCACCUGGAUGAGCAAGACGCCGAGGGCCGCUUGGUGCGUGGCAUCAUCCGCAUCAGUACCCGCAAAAGCCGCUCUCGCCCACAGACCUCCGAGGGGCGCUCUGCCCGAUCUACAGCCCCUGCCACAGCCCCCGACAGUGGCCAUGAGACCAUGGUGUGCUCUGGCCUUAGCCAGGAUGAACUGACAGUGCAGAUAUCCCAGGAGACGACAGCAGAUGCCAUCGCCAGGAAGCUGCGGCCAUAUGGAGCUCCAGGGUACUCAGCCAGCCAAGACUCGUCCUUCCAGGGCACGGACACAGACUCUUCAGGGGCACCCCUGCUCCAGGUGUACUGCUAACCCCACUGGCCCAGCAGUCACAGCCCCCUUGGAAGAAGCAUAGCCAGCGGAGUUGAAGAACCAGGACCCCUUUGUGUGGAGGCCAGAUCCUGAAGCCAGAAACAGUGACCUCUGGCUUCUGUCUUCAUUGAAUGAUUUAGACCACGUCCAUUUCACAGGGCCAUGGUGCCCUCCUCUGCCUCUCCAGCUGGACUGACCUCCUGAGACUGCUUCUUCCUGUGGCCUGAAAGCAAAGCCUUGGGAAGUCGUCUCCCAGUUCUAUUCCCAUGGCACUCUGAAGUUAUGGGAACUACAUAGGUUGAGUUGGGGAAAGCAUGGCCUCUAUACGUGAUAAUCUGGGCAGUGCCCACUUGUUAUAUUGCUGAGCAGUUCUUACUGGACCUUGGCUGUUCUAUAUUGUUAACAUGACCAUAGUUGCAAGCACA